GAGGAAGAGGAGGAGGAGGAGGUGGAGGAGGAAGAGGUAGCAGUGACACCACCAGGGCUAUUGAGAGCAUCUUUCCCCUGGAUGGAAUCACAUUGUAUCCGGUCCACUAUGGCGCUGGGGUUGUCCUCCAAGAAAACCUCUUCCCGGAACAUCUCAGUAGAAAGGAAAAAUCUGAUUACAGUCUGCAGAUUCUCUGUGAAGACUUUAUUGGAAAAAUAUACGAUAGAACCCAUUGAUGACUCAUCCGAAGAGUUUGUCAACUUUGCUGCGAUUUUAGAGCAUAUACUCAGCCAUCGUUUCAAAGGGGAACAUGGUCCUGCCAGUUGGUUUAGCUCUGAUGGACAACGUGGCUUCUGGGAUUACAUCCGCCUGGCAUGCAACAAAGUCCCAAAUAACUGCGUCAGUAGUAUUGAAAACAUGGAAAACAUAAGCUCCUCCAGGGCUAAGGGCCGGGCAUGGAUUCGUGUGGCCCUGAUGGAGAAGCGCAUGUCUGAGUAUAUUGCAACAGCACUUCGGGAUACUAGAACAACCAGGAGAUUUUAUGAUGAUGGAGCAAUAAUGUUACGAGAAGAAUCGACUGUCCUUACAGGAAUGCUGAUUGGUCUCAGUGCUAUAGACUUCAGGUACAUUGAUGCCCUCAAAAAUAAACAUUUUUGUCUGGAUGAGCACUAUUACUUUGGUUUCUGCCUCAAAGGAGAAAUUAUGGAUGGUAAGACACCAGUGGUUAUCGACUAUACUCCCUAUCUGAAGUUUACACAGAGUUAUGAUUACCUAAGUGAUGAAGAGGACCGGCACAGCCUGGAGAGCAGCACCAGUGAAGAAAGCUCUCCUGACCACCCUUACUUACCAUUAGUGACUGCAGAAGACAGCUGGUAUAUUAAAUGGCGCAAGAUAGAGCAGAAGUUUCGCAUCGUCUAUGCACAAAAGGGCUACCUAGAAGAGCUAGUUCGGUUGAGAGAGUCACAACUCAAGGAUCUGGAGGCAGAGAACAAACGCCUGAAGUUAAGGCUGGAAGAGGUGAAAGUGCAGAAUCAGUUAGAGAAACGGGAAUUGGAAGGCAUCAUCCUGGAACUGCAAGAGCAGCUAUUUCCCUCCUCCUGCUCUGCCCUCAGGACAGGCCUCAUUCCUUCAGACAACAGCCAGUUUGCCCAACUCUCCAAGGAGAUGUCCGCACCCUUGGUGAACCAGUGGCCCUCUUUGGGUACUCUGAACGGUAAUGAAAGCCACGCAGAAGCUAAGAUAUUCAGGAGGCACAGCUUCAUGAGCACAGAUCAACUCUCCACAGAAAUAAGCUUGAGUUCUGAUUCACAACGGAUGGGUGAAGGGAAACAUGAAGGGGAGCCUUGGGGGCCACUGGGAAAGGACCCAACUCCAUCAAUGUUGGGCCUCUGUGGAUCUUUGGCCUCACUGCCUAGCUGCAAAUCUUUAGCUAGCUUAAAAUCCAAUGAGUGUCUGGUGAGCGACAGCACAGAGCCCAGCCCUGCUCAUAGCCCCAGCUGAGACAUCUUAUAAAUGUCUAUGAAGGAGAUUUUGGGCGGACAAAACAUCUUGAGUCAAGCCCCUUUGGCUUGAUUUCAGCAGGUGGGGAGGGCAACUGAACCAUUUAUCCAGCUUGAUGCAAAAGGGCAAUGUGUCUGCUUCCUCAUCAAAAUAUUCUUAGAAACCCAGACUUUCUUCCUUAAAUUGGGAGCAGAGAAAAAAAAGAGAAAGCACCCACUUUGUCAAAAAAUGGAAGGAUUGGCAACAAAAAGUGCUUUUGUAACAUGAUGCUGUAUAUAUGUAAUGUAUAUUAUAUAUGGUUGAGAUUGCCAAAAGAUGGCUGCCUCUGCAAAACAUUUAAGAAAAAACCCUUUAAAUGUCUAUUUCCAGAGGCAGAAAGAAAGAUCCCUUACAAGUUGAAAUCUGCCACACAUUGUUCAAUGUGAAGAUUUGCACAAUGGAAAAGGAAAUUGCCUGAUCCUAUAUCUGUCCCCUUUCAUUGAAGUGAAUGCUCUGUGGUUGUGUUCCUGAAAACAGCAUUUUAAGACUUAAUUGUGGGAAGGGAGAUAAUUUGUUACCUAUCUUAAACCCACUGCCACACUUGAAAGACAAAUGCAGGAUCUGUUUUGGUUAAUCGUAUUACAGAAAGGGGAUUCAAGGCAGCUUCAGAUUCCUGGAUAACUUUUCAGCACAAGAAUCAUUUUUGUGUCUUCCUUGGCCCUGCCACUCUUGAAUGAGUCUACUUCCAACAUGUUUCUCCUGCAUGUUGUUACCCCAUUGGAAUUUUCUGCUUUAGGGAUAGAACAUUGGAAGUUGAAGAAGAACCAAUAUUUAUAUCUUGACUUUUGAUCUGUGCCAUAGUUCUGAAGCAGCAAGACAAACAUUAAGAAUCUACUCCGGGAUAAAUCAAGAUCAUCACUGACCAGAACUGAGAAACUGACUGGUACCACCUAGUGCGAUUGUUAGAACAGACAUUAAAUCAAAUUA